UCUCCAGCGAUGAUGCGGUGCGGAGGGUGUUAGCUGGAGAGAAGGGAGAAGUGAAAGGACGGGUCUCACUGGCCCCAAGAUCUCAGGAACUGGAUAAUAAGAAUGUGCAAGAAGAAGAGUCCAGACUUCACAAAGAUACGGAGGGUAGAAGAGACUCUGAAAUAAAAGAAAGAAGUACAAGCAGAGAUCGAAAACAGAAAGAAGAAUUGAAAGAAGACAGCAAGCUGAGAGAAAAGGACAAGGGCAAGGAGAAGGCCAAGGAGAAUGGUGGAGACAGACACAGAGAAGGGGAGAGAGAGAGAGCCAGAGCCCGGGCCCGGCCAGAGAGUGAGCGGCAGAAAGACAGAGGCAACCGGGAGCGGGACCGAGACCCUGAGCGCGAGAAGGAGACAGAGAGAAAGCGUGAGAAGGGAAAAGAGAAGGAGAGACUGAGAGACAGGGACCGGGAGCAUGACUGGGACAAGGGGAAGGACAGGGACAGGCGGAGAGUGAAAAAUGGGGAGCAUUCCCGGGACCCGGACAGGGAGAAGAACAGAGAGCACGACAAACCCGAGAAAAAGUCAGCAAGCUCAGGGGAGAUGUCUAAAAAGUUGUCAGAUGGAACUUUUAAAGACUCCAAGGCUGAAACAGAGACUGAGAUUUCCACUAGAGCAUCCAAGUCAUUGACAACAAAAACAUCAAAGCGGCGAUCCAAAAAUUCAGUGGAAGGAAGAAGGGACCCUAAAGCCAGUGAAAAUAGUCUUUCCCCUGAGAAAGAACAUAACUCUUCCCACUAUAAAGCUAAGAAGGAGCAUACCCUGAAACAGCUCGGAAGGAAGGAGGAUAAUAUUUCAGCUAAAAUUUUAGACUCCAUAGUGUCUGGAAUAAAUAACGAGCCAAAUCAGGAAAUAACAACUUCAGAAAUCGGAACAAAAGAAGCUAAUGUUAACUCAACUAGUAUUUCAGAUGAUAAGUCAGCUAGUCUGUGGCGUGAGAAUAUUGAGCCCGACCCUGCAGUGAAGCAGAAAGGCGACUCCGCCAGUGAUGCAGAAGGAGACGCUGGACCUGCUGGCCAAGAUAAGACUGAGGUGUCAGAGAUUCCAGAAAUUCCUAAUGAGCUUUCAUCCAGCAUCAGAAAAAUUCCUCGGCCUGGGAGUGCAAGACCAGCACCUCCCCGGGUCAAACGGCAAGACAGCGCGGAAGUGUUACCGCUGGAGAGGUCAGGGAGUGGUAAAACUGUCUCAAAUGUGAUUGUAGAGUCACACAACUCUGACAAUGAAGAGGAUGAUCAAUUUGUGGUGGAAGCUGCCCCUCAGCUCUCUGAAAUGUCAGAAAUUGAAAUGGUAGCAGCAGUGGAACUAGAAGAGGAGAAGCAUGGUGGACUUGUGAAAAAAAUUUUGGAGACUAAGAAAGAUUAUGAGAAAUUGCAGCAGUCACUCAAACCUGGGGAGAAGGUAAUGAAAUGAUUUUCCGUAAACACUGGCAUUUUAGCAGUCUGUCUCAUGCAUUUACAGACUUUUAAAAAUUAGAAGGAUCUUUCAAAAAUUACCAUUAUUAGUGAUGUCUGUUUGCAUAU